AUGGCAACUGAACUCCCCACCACCAAUGGCAACCGCGCCCAAGAUGGCGAGAACAACUUUGCCGUCAAGGCUGGAUUGGCACGCAUGCUGAAGGGCGGAGUCAUCAUGGAUGUUGUCAAUGCUGAGCAGGCACGGAUAGCAGAAGAAGCCGGAGCCUCAGCCGUCAUGGCCCUCGAGCGUGUUCCUGCUGAUAUUCGUGCUCAAGGCGGCGUAGCACGUAUGAGCGACCCCAAGAUGAUCAAGGAGAUUAUGGACACGGUCACCAUCCCCGUCAUGGCCAAAGCCCGAAUUGGUCACUUCGUCGAAUGCCAGAUCCUCGAAGCCCUCGGCGUAGACUACAUUGACGAAUCCGAAGUCCUCACCCCAGCCGACGCCCUGCACCACGUCUCCAAGCACCCCUUCCGCAUCCCCUUUGUCUGCGGCUGCCGCAACCUAGGCGAAGCUCUGCGCCGCAUCUCCGAAGGCGCCGCCAUGAUCCGCACAAAAGGCGAAGCCGGCACCGGCGACGUCAUCGAAGCCGUCCGCCAUAUGCGUACCGUCAACGCCGAAAUCGCCCGCGCAAAAAACAUGUCAGAGGAGGAACUCCGCGUCUACGCCAAGGACCUCCAGGUCGACUACGCUCUCCUCAAGGAAACAGCAAAGCUGGGUCGUCUGCCCGUCGUCAACUUUGCAGCUGGCGGCGUAGCUACCCCCGCCGAUGCGGCCCUCAUGAUGCAACUCGGCUGCGACGGCGUCUUCGUCGGCUCCGGCAUCUUCAAAUCGGGCGACGCGGCGAAGCGCGCCAAGGCUAUUGUGCAGGCUGUCACGCAUUAUAACGACCCCAAGGUCCUCAUGGAGGUUAGUAUGGAUCUCGGUGAGGCCAUGGUGGGGAUUAAUUGCAGUUCUAUGGCUGAGGAGGAGAAGUUGGCGAAGAGGGGGUGGUAA